AGAUGCGAUAGGUGCUAGUAGUGAAACUGGAUAGCCUUCGAAUAGGUGAGAAAUGCUAACUACGAUGGUGCUUAGAUCAUAGUGUUGCUCAGAAGUUGUUGGAUCGUAAUACUGCACGGAAGAGAUGUACGGAGGAGGAGAGAAUAACAAUAACGGUAGCAACAAUAAUAACAGGAUGGACGGGAACAACGGCGGGUAUAAUGGGAAUGGGGGUAGAAACGGGGUACAAUGUUACGAAUGUGGGAAGAUGGGGCACAUAGCGAGGGACUGUUGGGCAAAAAGACCAAGGACCGGGCAGCGGGAGGAUGAGGUACGGAUUUUCGUUCGAAAUACGAUGAAAGAAAAGGAAGAAGAGCGUGAGCGUAGGGCGAAGGAGGAGGAACAAAAACGAAAAGAGGAUGAGGAAUGGAAGCGUGAACUGGACAUAGCGAGAAGAACGGAGGAGAUGAGACUUCUCUUGCAAGCUGAUAUUGAGGAGAAGUGGAGGCAGCAGUUGCGUUCAAAUGCAGAAGCAGCGAAGGUGGCGGCAGCUACGGAAUCGGUGAAGGCGAAAAAAGGGGGGACAGAGAAUGCGGUGGAAAGAUCGUCGGCAGCACGAGCAAGUCCUAAGACAUCACCGAAGAGGAAGACCAGCGGCAAGGGGAAGAAGAAAGGACGGAAUGCGCGAGGCAAGACGAAAAGGAGUACCAGGAGGAGUUUGCACGACUGCGGAACUUCAGAUAGUGAAGAAGAGAGUGGAUCGGAGGCUUGUACAGACUCAGGAAAAGACACGGAAGGGGAGGCGCUUAAGAUAGUACAGAGGCUGAGAGAAGAAAGGCGAUGGAGAAGGUCGAAGAAGAAACUGACGAAGGGAAAGGAGAAGGUUAGACAGGUGGCGAGUACGUAUGAGAAGGGUGAGUGCUCACGAAGGCAACAUACGCCGACAGCAGCGAAGGAUAGCUAUUCAGGGGAGCGCAAGACACCACUGACAGACAAAUAUAAGGGAAUCCCGGCCAGCUGUUCACAACAAGCACUAGUGGACUACACACCUUCGGUGAUGAAGGAAUAUUCAAAGAAACGGGUGUCACAACUAUGGGAGUUGUGUGAUAAGCACGAAAUUAAGUCGGCUAAGAAGGAUGAGAUGGUGGUCGAGUUAGUUACGAAGCAGACGGAGAUGGCGUAUGAGGGUUUCUUCACUACACCUACCAUGGCCGAGAACAAGACAAAAGCUAGGAUGGAAGGACCAGAAGAUGGAGCCGAGAAGACACCGACGGAAGUGAGAUGGCGUCAGCAUGUGCAAGCAGCAGAUACCGCAAUACUCGGGAAGGCGCCUAAGUUGUACCGUUGGAUGAGAAGAUUCGGCAUAGACAAUUUUGUGAUCCUACCAAUCAGGCAUACCACCGAAGCUGACGAUUUUGCCUUCAAGAGGUACCUGAUUCGGGAUUUGUCAUCGUGCCUUAACACAAUGGGAGCAGGGAGGCAGAUAGGGACAAGGGUGAGAGGAAGGAAGGGAAGGAGGGAGAGGAAGCGAUGUGGAGGCGUUACGAGAGGGAAGGCGGUUGUGGUUUUUGAGACGAGCUGUGGAACUAGGACAUCGCUGGUUAACUGGUUGGAGGAACAGCAGAGGGAUGAAACAGGUGGGGAGAGGGUGGUGAUAUCUAGAGAAGGCGAGCAUUGGACGGACGACUGGAAACAAAGCAGAGCACGAUAUGGGAUGACUGAGGUUAAGACGAGGAAUGGGCUUAUGUGUCUCAAGGAUGCAAGGAAGGAGUGCCAACGAGGUGGACAUAUUACUUUCCUCAAGAUUCACAAGACACCGACGACGACGAAAAGGAAUAAGGUGACUCUACGCAAAAUGUUGAAACAGCCUAGAGCGGCAUUAUCCAUGGCUCGGAUGACAUUUUCGAGGCUUAUUGGCCUAUACAGGACUGCGGGACUGUUCAGCAAGAAGAGUACCAGGAAUAAGCUUAAGGUAAAGAUAGAUCAGGCGGUGAGAAAGAAGAAGGGAGUGAGCAUUCAAAGGAAGGUCACAGUUAAGUACCCGUACUACUCUAGGAUUUUGAAGACUGAAGUAAGAAGGAUUACGGAAUCCGUGGUGGAGAAGAGGGUGAAGGACGAACCAGUGGCGAGUUUUAUGAAAAGGAAGAUCAGAGUCGUGAAUACCAAGAAUAUGACAGUUGCGGACUUAAUCCAUAAUCAUCGACGUUUUGCGAACACUGAGCAGGUCGUUUGCGGUUGUGCGAGGUUCGAACUUUUAGUGCUAACGAGACUGACAGAGGUGCCGGAUACGCCUGGCUUUGUGGCAAAUUCGAAGAAUGUCACUAGAGAUAGCCAGCGGACUGGUUUAGCUCGGGUAAGGAUCGAUGUUUUGGAAGCAACAUCGCAUCAAAAGGGAGAACGGUGCGAGGAUCUAGAUGUUAGUAGAUGUAUGCGGGAACCAGGAGUGGUGGAGGCCGCCUGGACGGAUGGCGAAGUUAGGAGCUGGGCGUCGCGGUACGACUGGUUGGUAUGCGCCCCGAUCGACCGAAAUGCCGGUGAUACAGCGUUGAUAUGCCCAUUGCUGUAUCGACAUGCUUUCGGGAAGGUCUUCUCAUGGAACACAGAUUAUGAGAGAAUCCAUGACACUGAAGAGGAGGUACUGAAGAAGUGCAAGGGUGACUACCAGAAUGAGGGACUGUUGCAAGCGGGAAGCUGGAAGGCAAACAGGAAGCUCGGAAAGGCGUAUGUGAUACCAAAGGAUAAGGAUUUGCAGAAGUGGAGGCCGAUAGCGCCUGCCUGUAGUGAUCCAGCUCUGAUCGGCCAACGGAGAUGCGCAAGGGCUCUGUUCUAUCUUAUCAUGCGCUACUCAGGGAGGACGAAUUUCCAUCUGAGUUCGGUGCAAGAGAUGUGCGACAAGAUGCAGAAGGCGAAUCGGGAGCUAGCAAAGGAAGGAUGCACAUGGGUGGUUGGGAGAUGCUAUGAUGUCAAAGAAACAUUUUCCUCGAUAUCGCACGAGGUAGUGGAAGAAGGAGUACGGGAGUUGUUACGAUAUUUUGAUGAGAGGGAUUGGAAACAAGUAAGGACGACUACCAGGGGGAAGACUUGUGUGAUGUCGAAAACGACACGAAAGGAGAUAGCAUACGUCUCGAUGGAAUUCGAGACAAUUAUCAAAUUAGUGCGUUAUGAUCUAGGGCACGUGUAUAUGAGGUGUGGUGAAGGGAUCGGGAGGCAAAGGGUAGGAAUACCAAUGGGAAAAGCAACGAGUCCGGUGCUGGCUACAAUUACGUGCGCCAUGGCCGAGAGGAAGUGGCUUUCUGCAUUAGGAGCGGAUAGGAGGAUGGUGCACGGUUGGCGGAUGGUAGACGAUGUCUCAAUCGUGGUGGGAUACAAGGACGAUGGGGUAUCGAGGGCAGUGGCGGACAAGGUUUUCGAGAGCUUCGAGCAGUGCUAUGAUAGUAACCUGAAGCUGGAGAGAAAGGAUGGUGAGGUGAACUACUGGAAUUUUAUAGGCGGGGUCAUGUACGUGGUACCUGAACCACUGCAGCUGCAUUUCGUAACGGGGACCAAGAAUACGGUAUCACUCCGAUCAAACGGUAGACUGAAAUACCAAACCAUGCAGGAUUAUGCUAGCUACUCGGAGAAGAAAACCAAAAAGGUGGUUCUUUCGGUGACACUGAAACGGCUGUGACGUUCGACAACAUCUCAGGCGCUUAGCAUAUCAGUGGUUGUGUAUGCCAUAGUUGAGAGUUCCCUCCGGGGUUAUACCCUGGAGGUAUCUCUCGGUGCCUUGGCCAAAUCGGCCAAGGGUACGGGAAGCAAGCUAUUAUGUAGUCUCGGGCGUGUCUUUUGUGAG